CCUCUUGUCUUUAUAUGGAUAAAAUGCUCUGAACUAUAUUUGGGCAUGCAGUUGCACAGGAUUUCAAGGAAUGUACGAGCAUCGCAGACGGCCGAGACGAAAGGCUAAUGCGCUCCUUACCGACUCCUCAGCUGCGCCGCUCCAAAUGCGCUAAGCUACUUGCGUAGACCAAACCGGACGGGCGGUUGCUCGGUUAAUGUAGGUUCUUUAUUACCCCCUGUUUAUGGACCUGUGACGGACAACAUAGAGACGGCAAGAUAUAUUGACGGGAAAUUACAGGACUCAUCUGUCUGUCUGUAACAAAAUUGGGAUUUUUGUUUUGGGGUGCGCCGUAAAGCCCGUUGACAAUCAUGUCCAGGAGGAAGGUGAGGGGGUUAACGCGGACGGGGCGGCAGGUGAGCGAGGACCCCGACAUUGAUAACUUGCUGUCGACACUGUCGCCCGAGGAGGUGGAGGAACUGGAGAAAGAAGUCAUGACCGUGCCUGACACAGACCCGAACGAGACGCUCGGCUUCACACCGGGUUGCAGGCUGGAAAAGAAACCGUCGUUAAACAAUAACACGGAGGCCAAGCAGGACCAGUGCGACACCAAGCGACUUCCACGAAGAGAGCUGUCUGUCGAGGGGGAGCCGAAGAAGGAGAGCAGGAAGCAGGAGUACCUGAGGAAGAUGGGCCUGAGCCAGGAGGGGAGCCUCCCCACGUCGGCCAGCCAAGAUGGCGGCCCCCAACGGCAGGGCAGCGUCUCCUCAGAGGGGGAGCACAACAAGAUGGAGGACAGAAACUGCCGGGAGCCGGGCGAUCUGAAGGAGAAUCGGCGCACCCCCCUGGAGAAGACCCGGCGGGAGGGGAUUCGGGACGGGGAGAAAGGGAACGAGAGAGAGGAGGAGAGCAAAAAGAAGGCGGAGAACAACAGCAAGACGAAAGAGCUGAUCUCCAAACUGCAGGAGAAAAAGGAGGAGGGCAGAGAAAAGGAGAGGAGGGAGGAGGGGCGGAAGAGAGAGGAGGGAAAGACGAAGGAGCUGAUCUCCAGGCUGCAUGAGAAGAAAGAGAAGGAGGAAAGCAAGGAAAAGGAGAGAAAAGACAUGGAGAUGAGGUGGAAGGAUGACAGGAAGACCAGAGGGCUGGUCUCCAGGCUGGAGGAGAAGCAGAGCCCGGGCAAGGAGGACAGGGCAGAGGUGAAGAAGGACAGAGUAGAGGGGAAAAGCAACAGCGAACAACGGAACGAGUUGCAGGAGAGAGAGAGGGACAAGCCGUGUGAGAAGGAGGAGAAGGAGAAGGAGAAGAGAGAGAGGGAUGGAGGGAGGGAUAAAGAGAGCGAGAGGGGAGAGAGAAAGGCAGCGAGGGAGGAGAAAGAGAAGGAAGAGAAGGAGAAAAAACAGAAGGAAAAUACGAAAGAGAAAGAAAGAGAUGAGAAAGAGAGAGGGAAGGAUAGAGAAAAGGAGUCGGGGAAAGAGAAACCCUCAAGGCUCAGCACUACAGAGAAAGCAGGGAACGACCAGAGCCCGGUCAGCAAGACCACGGAGGAAGAGGAGGAUGACGAAGCUAGCAGCAUGUUUGACGAGCUGUUGGAGCAGGUGCGCAGCAACGACCCCGCCAUGACCGAGCUCAACGUCAACAACUCCGAGGUCAUCAAGGCCCAGACCCUCAUCCAGUUCGCCGAGGCGCUGAGGGACAACACGCACGUGAAGACGUUCGCCCUCGCCAACACGCGCGCCGACGACCACGUGGCCUACGCCAUCGCGGGGACCCUGCGCGCCAACAAGACCAUCGCCAGCGUCAACCUGGACUCCAACCACCUCACCAGCAAGGGCAUCAUGGCCCUGGUCCAGGCGCUGCAGCACAACGCCACGCUGGCCGAGCUGCGCUUCCACAACCAGCGCCACAUCUGCGGCGGGAAGACCGAGAUGGAGAUGGCCAAGGUGCUGAAGGACAACACCACCCUGCUCAAGCUGGGCUACCACUUCGAGCUGGCCGGCCCCCGCAUGACCGUCACCAACAUCCUGAGCCGCAACAUGGACCGGCAGCGGCAGCGGCGGCUGCAGGAGCAGAAGCAGGCCCAGGCCCAGGCCAACGGGGAGAAGAAAGGGGGAGGCGCUCUGGAGGUCCCCAAACCUGGCGGGGCCUUCCUCAGGGGGUCCCCCAGAGCCUCCCCAAAAGCCUCCCCACUGCCGUCCCCGCUGCCAUCGCCCAUCCCCUCGCCCAAGGUGACCCCUAAGCGCGGAGGAGGAAGAGGAGGAGGUGGAGUGGGAGGAGGAGGUGUGGGAGGCGGAGCCCCGCCCCCGCCGGCCCCGCCCCCGCCGCCUCCCGCGCCCCUGCUGGACGGAGACUUCCUGCGGAACUCCUUGUCUCCCGCGUCGCAGCGGAAGCUGGACGACAGGGGGGCGGGGCGAGGGGGCGGGAAGAACUCCAGGGACCAGCUGCUGGCAUCCAUCAGGAGCAGCACCGUCAAACAGCUGAAAAAGGUCACCGUACCAAAGCUCCUGCAGUGAAAGGAAGGAAGGAAGGAGGGAAAAGAGAGGAGAAAGAGAGAGAAGCAGAGAUGGAGGGAAGAGAACAGGACUCACAUCUCACCUCUGAGGGGAUCAGUGCUCGUGCUCAAUUUUCGUUUUUUUUUUUACUGAAAACACGGGAAGCAGUCUGACCGCUGAGCUGGCACGGGAUCGGGGGUGGGGGGGUGGGGGGGGGGGCGAGGGGGGGGGGGUGUGUGAGUGGAAUCAAGGGUGGGGGGAGGGUUUGAGUGGAGGGGGGCGGGGGUUAGUCCUGGAUGUCUGGCCUUUUCCUUUUGGUCCCUCUACAGCACUGCACUCUCAUUGGACCACAGAAGGUAAAAAGGCGGGGGCGGUGUCCGCCUGCUGGUGGCCCCCUGCCGUGGCCUCGGCUGCCAUUUGCACUGGACUCUGGAGCAGAGCACUGGCACAGUAUGUGGGAGAAGGUGUGUGGAUGUGCUGUUUUGUGCUGUAUGGGAUUAUCAUAAUGACUGUCAGGUUGGAUGAGGUUGAGGAUGAUAAUUAUCAUUUAAAUACUGGUGUACGGAGCCACAGAGUGAGCUCAUAAAGAAAACUUUAACUGCAGACUCCAGCAGAGAUAUUGGAGCAUAGUUUAGCAACUAUGCCUCAGUCAAAACAUUUGCUAAAUGAUUUAUCGAAAUUUAAUUGGAAAAUUGCAAACCUGCAUUUAUUUGGCUGACUGUCAGAUUUCAAACAUUUUUUUUAAAUUUCAAAAACCAACAAGAAUUUCUGCCUUUUCGCACAGUCUGAACAUGGAACUUCUAACAAUGGCCUUUAAAUGCGAACUCAAGAUACGUCCUUUCCAUUUUUAAUUAGAAUGAAGGUUGUUUGGACGAGAUCGAAUUAAGUUGUGAACCGCCUUUUCUGUGGUGCAAGGCUUUUUGGAUUUUGUUUUCAUGAUUUCUGAGGACAACUGAACUGAAUUUAUUCUCACUUUUUUAAAUUAAUGCUCAGCAUGUAUUGAUCAGGAGCAUAUGCACCUUUAAUGCUUAUUUGGCAGAUAUAUUUAAUUAAUGAAAUAGCCUGCUUCGAGAGACUACAAUGAAGUCUCUUAAAACUAAUGGGGAUGCAGGGGUGUCCAAUGCACCUCCCCUUAAGAUGGGUGGUACGUAAAGGCUGUGGAUUAGUCACUGAGAGAAGCCAGAUAGAGAUUUCAGAUGUUCCCACUCCACUGUGUUCUCUGUACCUGCUUUCUAAAUAUCGCCCCCUCCUGGCUGAGUACAUAUGACCUGCCUUUCCUCCUGCCUGUGAUGCAAACAUUCCAUUAGAAUUCUGUCAUGGCAUUGAGAGAUUCUACAAGUUCUUUAUUGGAGGAAAAGCAGAGGUUGCCUAUCUACACACAGGAGCAGAUAUGUGUGAAGCUUCCUUAAAAACUCCUCAAAACAUCAAUACAGGACAAUAGUCUUCAUUACUUUUUUGCCAAAAAAAGCUUAAUUUGUGGCAAAAAUCUACUUGAAAUGUAUUACUGAUUUGUUCGGCAUGAAUAUUGUAAUUUUACUUGGUGGUAUACUGAAUAGACCCCCUACCUAGACCACUAAUAAUAAUCUAUACCACAGCGACUUUUCUGGUGAGUGCUACUUCUCCAUGGUUUGUAUGCUUUCAAGCAGUUAUAGUGUCACUCUGGCUUACUGUCUGGAUGUUUAACUUUCUCUCUUAGUUCCAGUGUAAUGUUUUGCGAGCAGUUGGCCACAGUUCAGUACAAGUUCACAUAUUUGAUGAAAGCCAGCAUCAGAUAAGGGAUAAAUGGGCUGAAAUCUAAUGGGAAAUGGUUUAACAUUGUUUAACUUGUCCAUACUGUUGGACUGUUUACAGAAAAAAACAAGUGAAAAACGUUGUUCAGUGGAUGCUAACGACCUUAGAGGAUCCCCUUAUUCUCAAGCCUUGUGGUGAAACUAAGGUUAGAGUGUAGACAUUGGGCCUGGUCACUCAGAGUUAGUGAGUUAAUAAUGAGUUAGUGAGUUAGUGAGUUAGUGAGUUAAUGAGUUAGUGAGUUAGUGAGUCAGUGAGCUAAUGUGUUAGUGAGUCAGUGAGUGAAUGAGCGAGUGGCACUGCCAUCUGCGGAUUGCCUUAAGCUGUGGCCAAAAAGAAAGGAUGAUUGAAUCAUGAUUUAAUGCAUUACUUUAUGUGCCAUGCCAGCACAAAGAAAAUAGCCCAGGUCCUAAUAAAGCAGUGAGAGGAUGCAAACUGAGCAGACGGGUGCUCUUUGGCAAUGAAUCUCCCAUGACCUCACUCAUGGCAUUAAAUACAGAGCCAUUCUGCAACGCUUCUGAAUCCGCAUAGGGCUUGUUUAUCAGAUAGUCAAAACGGCUUCAAAACUUUCUCUAUUUCAUAUCUAACACUAAACAGCAUGACAUCCAAGGGAGGUUAUUACAUCGGAUCAGAAAAGUGGUUUGAAAUAUGUCUUAAUCAUUUUGAAAAAUGUAAUCUAUGAUUGUUUUAAUGUUUUUGAAGUACUUAAAAAAAAAAAUUAGUCACACAGUCUCAUGAAGUUUUUUUCAUUCUAUGGCAUCAGAAAUUGGGGCUAUUGAAUUGACAUUGAUAAAAUGAUUUUUUGCAUUAUGUUCAGAAUUGCUAAUAUAUUCUCAUGCUAAAAGUUUAUAAAUAUUACUCUCAUUAACAGGUGUCUUACACAUAUUGUGAAUUUACAUGUAUUUUUUUAAGGAAUAUUGAAAUACUUCUAACCAUAUGACCAAUAAACAUAGUAUGAAAUGGUGCAUUGAAAA